GAAGGCAAAAAGAAGGGAAAAGAACGACACCGCCAUUGCGACCUCUCCUCUUCUUCCUCUUUAUGUCUCGUUCGAUGCGAUUCUAAAACCCUAGAGAUCACUAUUGCCUCGAAAAUUCUCCAAUCGCUUCGGGCAAUAGGUAUUGGUGCCGCUGAUUCCUCAUAGGCUCGAGGAAAGAUUGCUCGUUUCCGGCAUUGGGGCAGGUCUAGUCGUUUCUUGCCGCGGAUUUCGGGUUUGGAUCAGGACGGGGAAGCGACGGCCGCCGCUGGCGGAGCCGGCGGAUGGCGUUGUUCAGGAGGCUGUUCUACAGGAAGCCACCGGAUCGGCUUCUGGAGAUCACCGAUCGGGUUUACGUGUUUGACUGUUGCUUUUCUUCGGAAACCAUGGAAGAAGAUGAAUAUAAGGAUUACAUGGAUAAAAUUGUUGCUUCGCUUCAGGGUUAUUAUUCUGAUGCUUCAUUUAUGGUAUUUAACUUCAGAGAGGGUGAAAGGAAGAGCCAAAUUUCAGGAAUCUUAUCCCUAUACGACAUACUUGUCAAGGACUACCCUCGCCAAUAUGAAGGGUGUCCGUUGCUUCCUUUGGAGAUGAUCCAAGAAUUCUUGAGGUUGAGUGACAACUGGCUUACAUUAGAAAGGCAGCAAAAUGUCUUGCUAAUGCAUUGUGAGAGAGGCGGAUGGCCUGUGCUUGCAUUUAUGCUUGCAGGUCUUCUGCUCUACAGGAAACAGUACAGUGGAGAACAGAGGACUCUGGAAAUGGUGUAUAAGCAAGCUCCUAAGGAGAGCCUCCAUGUCUUGUGUCCCUUCAACCCUCAACCUUCUCAUUUGAGAUAUCUUCAAUACGUAUCCAAAUCAGACAGUGGAUCAGAAUUGCCCCUGCAGGAUGUUCCCUUUAUUUUGGAUUGCCUAAUCCUUAGAGCUGUUCCAAACUUUGACGGGGAAGGGGGCUGCAGGCCAAUAGUUCGUGUCUAUGGUCAGGACCCCUCAACCCCAGCUGACAGAAAUUCCAAGGUUCUUUUUUCAACAUCAAAGACUAAGAAGCAUGUUCGCCACUUCAGACAGGAGGACAAUGCGCCAAUAAAAAUAAAUCUUCGCUGCUCUGUUCAAGGGGAUGUGGUCCUUGAAUGCAACCAUACGGAUGAGGAUCUGAAGGAUGAAGAGAUGAUGUUCAGGGUUAUGUUCAACACAGUCUUUAUUCAAUCUCAUAUUUUGCUGCUGACCCUUCAGGAUAUCGACAUUGCUUGGGAUGCUCAGGACCAGUUCUCAAAAGACUUCAAAGCAGAGGUACUCUUUUCAGAGUUUGAAGCUGAGUCAGAUACUGACACAGAAGUGGUAGCUGAAGACGAGGAUGCAAUGGAAGUUGCUUCAACAGAGGAGUUCUUUGAGGCAGAAGAGAUUUUCAGCAAUCCAGAAUGGCAGGAUGGACACAGAGAUCUAGACAUCCAGACAGCUCUUUUCACACAAACGCUAAGUGAUGUAAGUCCCAGAUCUGAAGUGCCACAUCUGGAUGCUGAAGCGAGAAGAAACUUAGAAUUUAGAAACCCUGAAAAAGACUUGAAUAUCAUUAAUAACCAAGAAAUCACGACAAUGGAUGACACAAGUAGCAUGAUACAUACCCUAACGGAGAGAAACAUGGAUACCAGCUACAUCAAACAUGAUAUAAAGCUUGUAACCAAGGUAACAGCUACCUUAGACAAGAUGAUCAUCGAAACAGAUUGCCCAGCUUUGACAAUUGAAGAGAAGAGUACAUUAGAUAAUUCCAAACAGGAUAUGGAGCAUAUUGUUAACAUAGCAGUUGAGGAGAUGACUGCAUCAGAAAUUAGUAAUUUCAAACAUGAUACUGAAAGACAUGUAACAAGAAUUACUUCAGAUGAUAUGGGUUGUAAAUUAGAAAUACCAAUGUUGGCAGAUGAGGGAAAGAGCACAUCAGAAAUCAGAGUUUUCAAAAAGGAUGCAGAGAACAAUUUUACUGAAAAGAAAUCAAUUCUGGAUGAAGAGAGUCCUAAGUUUGAGACACCUAGGGUCGGAAAUGAUAUAUGGUGCAAACUAGAAACCACAAAGGAAAGAGAAAAUGCUGUAACUGAAAAAGGGGGAGAGCCUAACAUUAUGUAUCAGAGAUUGGAGUUUGAUUUUCAAAAACAAGAAUAUGAGAAUUUCGAGCCUUCGAUGUCAGAGGAACUACUAGCAAGCAGUAUGAAACCACCUUCAAGUUCAUUCUUAUCUGAACAAAGGAUUGAACAGCGGGAAUAUUUGGGUAAUAACACAGAAUGGAUCCCUCCAAUACAAGGCUCUGAUGCUACUUUUGUGCAUGUGCCACCUCAUCCUGAUUUGAAAUUUCCUUCAAUUUCUCAAGGUCAUGUUGCUGGCAGAAUUGAAAAUGGUCCAAUUCCUUCUUCUACAAGUACAGUUAUAGCUUAUGCAUCUCCAACGACUCAAUCAUCAACAACUAAUAUGCCUUCUACAAGUUUUCUUUACAAUUUUUCACUCUUUCCAUGUCCUCCACCCCCACCUUUACCUCCAUCCCUGGAAAUAAGGGAAACACUCCAAGCCCCUUCCCAUUCUCCACCACCUCCUCCUCCUCCUCCUUUUGGGACCACAAUGAUUGCUUCUUUUUUUCAUCCCUCUCGUUUAGCUCUAUCUUCCCAAAUGGAAGCACCCCAUCAAUCUCUUUUUCCUAUUCCACCCCCACUUCCUCCAACAUAUAGUACAAUUACCACAAUUGCUUCGUUAUCUCCACCAUUGCCUCUCCAACCUCCAUUUGUAUGUGCAGCACCAUCUCCUUGCCAACCACAUCAACCACCACCUCCACCACCCUUGCAUCCAAGAGCAUCCUCCAAAAGCCUACCUCCUCCCCCUUUGCCUUUACCCCCGGUAACAUUUUUAAAGGAUAGUUCCCUCCCUUUUCCUCUGCCUAUGGCCAAAAGUGCAGCCACCAGCUACUCCUCUCCUCCCCCUCCAUCAUUUGUCCACUCAAGAUCAUCCAUCAAGGUUCCCCCACCCCCACCUCCUCCCAUCUGGAACAAAUCAGGCGUGCCAUCCUCUCCAUCAGUAACAUACCAAGGAGUAAUAUCUCAAAACUCCCCUCUUUCCCUUCCAUCUCCUCUUUUUCAGCAUACUAUUGGUGGAUCAAUUACUUCACCACCUCCUUCACCAUCUAGAAAGAAUGCAGUUGUGACAAAAGACCCUCCAACACCUCCACCCUCUCCACUUUUUGUGACUUCAUCCAAUAUUUCAGAAAAUGUGAUCAUCGUAUCCCCUGUUCCACCUUCUCCCCCUUCUGUUCUCACAGAAGCUUUGUUUCCACCUUCAUCCUCAAAAGUUUGUAUAGAAACUCCACCUCAACCACUACAUCAUUUACUACAUUUAGGGCCCCCACCACCACCCCUUCCCCCUCCCUUCAGAGGGUGUAGAGGAGCUCAGCCUCCUUCCCUACCUCCACCACUUGAGGCUCAUGUUGGAGUUCCAUCACCACCCCUUCUUUCCCCCCCUAUUUCCAAAGGGUCUGAAGGAGCUCCACCUUCAUCCCUACCCUCACACCUUGGAGCUUAUGGAGGAGCUACUCUACUACCACCACUGCCGCCGCCGCCACCACCACCACCUAGCGUUCAUGGAGGAGUUACAUCAGCAAAGCUAGAUCCUUCUAGAGGGCUUGGAGGAGCUCCACCUCCACCCCCACCCCUACCUUCCAGGGCUUAUGGAGUUCCACCACCACUGCCUUGCUCACCCUUUAGAGGGCAUGUAGGAGCUUCACCACCGUCCCUGCCCCUGCUCUCUGGGGCUCAUGGAGGAGUUCCACCGUCAGCUCCUCCCUUUUCCUCUAGAGAGCAUAUAGGAGCUCCAUUGCCACCCUUGCCCCUUGCUGGUAAGGCUCAUGAAGUUCUACCGCCACCCCAUCCCUCUUUCUUUGGAGAGCAUCUAGGAGCUCCACCACCACCCCCGCCACCCCCAGCGCCAGCCCCUAAGGCUUAUGGAGGAGUUCCAUCAUCAUUACGUUCUGUUCUACCUGGAGAACAUGUAGGAGCUCCACCGCCACCGCCACCUCCACCCUCUAAAGCAUGUGGAGGACCUCCACCUCCACCUCCACCAACACCACCCGGAAGGCGUGGAGGUGCUCCACCUCCACCACCACCUCCUGGAGCAUAUGGAGGAGCUCUGCCACCGCCACCUCCUCCUGGAGGACAUGGAGGAGCUCCACCUCCACCACCUCCUCCUAGAGGGCAUGGGGGGGCUCCACCUCCACCACCUCCUCCAUUAGGAUGCACACCUGCCCCUUCAGGUCCUCCUAGGGUCCCUGGUGCUCCUCCACCUCCUCCAAGCACACCUGGUGCUCCUCCACCUCCUCCAGGUGUACUUGGUUCUCAAGCUGGCAUAAGAGGCUUAUCACCUAAUUCUCUAAUUGGGGGAAGGGGCCAUGGGCUUGCACGUUCCAUAGGGCCAGGUCUGCCUACAUCAACUCGAAGGUCAUCACUAAAGCCAUUGCAUUGGGUCAAAGUAACAAGAGCGAUGCAAGGAAGCUUAUGGGCGGAACUACAAAAACAUACUGAUGCUCAUAGUACUUCAGAAUUUGAUGUACAAGAACUUGAGUCGCUCUUCUCUGCAGUGGUUCCAAAAUCAAAAGACAGUUCUAAGUUAGGAGGGCGUAGCAAAUCUGCUGGAUCUAAAUUGGAUAAAGUUCAUCUGAUUGAUCUAAAGCGGGCCAAUAACACUGAGAUCAUGCUUACAAAAAUCAAGAUGCCUCUAUCUGAUAUGAUGAAUGCUGUUCUAGCGCUGGAUGAUUCAAUUCUAGAUGCUGAUCAAGUAGAAAAUCUCAUAAAGUUCUGUCCAACAAAGGAGGAGAUGGAGCUUCUUAAGGGCUACACGGGCAACAAGGAGAAUCUUGGAAAAUGCGAGCUGUACUUCUUAGAGUUGAUGAAAGUGCCACGGGUUGAAUCUAAGUUAAGAGUGUUUGCUUUCAAGAUUCAAUUUGGCUCUCAGAUCUCAGAUAUUAGAAAGAAUUUGUACACAGUAGAUGCUUCAUGUGAAGAGAUUAGGGGAUCUGACAAGCUAAAGGAAAUCAUGAAGAAAAUUCUAUAUCUCGGGAAUGCACUAAACCAGGGAACAGCAAGAGGUUCAGCUAUUGGUUUCCAUUUGGACAGCCUUCUAAAACUGACAGAUACUCGUGCUACUAACAAUAAAAUGACAUUAAUGCAUUAUUUAUGCAAGGUCCUUGCUGAAAAGUCACCAGAUCUUCUAGACUUUCAUGAUGAUCUUACCAGCUUGGAAGCUGCAUCAAGGAUACAAUUGAAGUUUUUGGCUGAAGAACAACAAGCCCUUGUUAAAGGGUUAGAGAAAGUUGAGCUGGAGCUGACUGCUUCAGAAAGUGAUGGCCCCGUAUCAGAAAUUUUCCGCAAGACUUUGAAGGAGUUCACUGCUCUUGCUGGAGCUGAAGUGCGUUCGCUAACAUCACUUUAUAAUGCAGUGGGUAAAAAUGCAGAUGCACUUGCCUUGUAUUUUGGUGAAGAUCCUGCGCGUUGUUCCUUUGAACAAGUUAUUACUACGCUCCUGAAUUUUGUGAAGAUGUUUCGGCGGGCCCAUGAGGAGAACUGCAAGCAGGCUGAACUUGAGAAGAAGAAAGCUCAGAGAGAGGCUGAAAUGGAAAAAUCGAAAGAUAUUUUGCACGGGGCAUGAUGAUUACAGAACUGGGACAACUUCCGCUCCAAAUGUUGCAUCAAAAUCACUAUGCAGGUUAACUUGCAAUGGUACUUUUCAUCUUGUAGCUGACAGGAGAUGUGUGUUGCCUAUUUUCUACAGGUACUUUUCAGACCAGUGCUGAUCCCUGGCAGGCUCAUGAGGCCUCCGAUUCAAUACUCUGACUUUUGUACAAAGCUAACCCCACAGCUCAUUUGAUUAUUUUUGUAUAUUUUCUGUUUAUUCCAUUCCCCCCUGUUUAGAUGCAAGCAGGAAUAGGUUAGAAGCUGUUGUACAGUAGCAAUGAAAGAAAUGUGAGAGCACGAAAUGCGCCUUUUCCCCUUAGUAAGUAGGUCACACACAGAAAUAUCUUUUUAUUGUAUCCUCAUCAGUAAUUUUGUAAUUCAAGAUAGAUCAGGCAGUGAGAAGUAAAAUUUUGUUGCUCAUGAUGCCUUUUUUUCCUUCUCCCUCUUCAUCUUCCUCCUCUUCUGCCAUCAAUAUUGAGACUUCAGGCUUCAAAGAAUGCUAACAUCAGGUAUACCAGUCAUAUGUUAUUAGGAUUUUACUUUGAAGUAAUUGAAAUUUUGAUGUAACAUCUCAGUUGAUGCACGCUGGUUUUAAUGCACAGCAAGUGGUAUGCAAUGCUGAUAUGAUGUGAUACAAUGUGGUAUAUGAAAACAGGUAGUUAUUUCAUUUAUGUUAGCAACAGACAUUGCUAUUGGUCAAAUGACAAAGGUUUGUCAUGUUCGUUUUCUCUAUGUGCUGACAUUUGUACAAAGAUUAAUCUAACAGGGUAAGUUACAAUUCUUCUUUGUUUUCGCAUUAUAUUUUCUUCUUUGUUUUUGCAUUAUAUUUUAUCUUUGUAAAAAUUCUAAACUUUGCCAAUGUAGUGUAUGCUAUAUGACUCUAUGAGACUUGGACCAGAUUAAUUCACAGUGAUAGGCUACUCUGGUAUUUCUGUUUCAAUAUGUGUAUGCUCACGUGCGCAUGUGUAUAAUAUCCAUUAUUUACUUCUCACAUAUCAACAUUUGGUAUGUACUCUAAAUGCAACAUUCAUAUGAUCCUUAUUUUUUUUUAAUUAUUUUAUUAAAGAAGAGUAGGGUCAUGAAACAUGUCACUUGUGUUUCUAUAUCUCUGCCUCACCUUGUUUUGUGUGAAUUUUUCAUUCUAUGCUUCUGCAUCUUAAGAUAUGCUAAACUUUGAACCACAGCAGCAACCAAUUCAUAAUUUUUGCAUUUUUCAGAGAUUUGGAGAAGGAAUCAGUAUGUGAAAGUGAGGUGGUCAUUGCUUGUCUACAUCUAUAUGAAAAACCAUUGCAUCAAAAAUUUAUCCUUUCUUUUUCUUUUUUGGUAGACGUCCUUUCUUUUUCAGUUGACUUAACUUAAAAAAUAUGCAACCGGGAAGGUAUUUCUUUUGUACUUUAAUUAAUAGGGUUAUGUACGCCAAAACCUUCUAUGCAAUGAUGAUGAUAUAUGCACUGUUUAUUUGUCUGCAAUUGGGUCGGUUGCAAGUGCAGAUUCUGCAACUGAAUUGUAGACAUUCCAAAAAACUGUUUGGAUACUUGCAAUUAAAUCGAAAUACAUCUUUGCUUGCCUGCAAUUGCAACCGCAAGUUAUAUUUGAAUUGCCAAAAAGGUUUCAAAUC